AUGGCUUUUAGACAACCUACAUAUCAUGUCCCUCCUCGAAUCUUUACGCAAUCAACUCAAGAUGCCAACUCGCAAUCGCAGACGGAACAAAAUAUACAAGAGAGAGAUAGGGAAGGAGAGGAAAGUCGAGAAUGGGUAUUAUUUUCUCCAGUGGCGCCGAGUUUUACGGAGAGAACAUAUACAACUAGUACGGGGAGGACGAGGGGAACGCGCACAGCUGGUCACUCAAGGGUUAGUGAUUUUGGAAGUUUAGAAACGGCAGCGAGGAGUUAUGGAGUUUAUGAUGAACAGGAGUAUGAGCAUGAUGAAGAUGGGGAUGCGCAAACAGAAGAAGAUAAUGAGGAUGCGGAGUUGGAUUCGUUAGAUAGUCAUUUACAUGAGUUUCAAACAGAACCAAGUGUUUAUGGGAAUAUGGAAGAGGAAGAAGGACCUGUGUUGCCGACACAUGAUGGGUUGGGGAGUUUUAGGGUAGAUGGGAUUGGGGAGGAUGUUCAAGAACAUCUAUAUGCUUUUGAGAUGUAUAAUCCGAGAAGGGUGAAGAGGAGAAGAGAAAGUUUGGAGAUUGGGGAUAUGGCGUUGGAAAGUGAGAGGGCUGCGGAAAUGGAGAGGACGAGAAGGAUUGAGAUGUGGAGGAUGGAACAGAGUAAGGCAUUGGUGGAUGAGAUACAAAGGGAGACAAGGAGAAGAAAACAAUCCAUGUCAAGUGAUAAGAGGAGUAUUAUUGUUGAGGACAGGGAACAAGAGGAUGUGGCUACAUUGAAUAAUGUCGAGGUGGAACCAGCACCGGCAAUAAUAUGCGAAAAUGAUAGUCUAUUGAAUAGACUCACUCGGAGAGUCAUACGAGAUCUAAUGGGUAUAGAUGAUGGUCUCCUCUCCAUCAUCUUCGGCGAAUCUCUACCGAGAGAAGACGAUUUAUCCAAAACACCAGGAAGAGCUAUAUCCAUUCCUGCCACUCCUCCUCAACCUGAUAAUAGUUCAUGGGAAUACAGACUCCUCGAACGUAUAGCUCGCGAGUUAGGGAUGCUGGUUAAUCAACUCUCAGAUCACCCAGGCGCUUUCACGACAUAUCUCCAAACUCAACAAACACCCCUUCCUUAUGCAGGCCUACCUGCCAUCCCCGAAUCAUCCUUAAGUAAUAAUAUUAAUAUGACCACGGGCAUUCCACUUCCAGAUUUGGAACAAGAUGAUAUUCGAGAACCUCUCACCUCAACUCUAUUCACGAAUCCCAAUUUAGAAUUUCACCCCACAAUCACCCGACCAGUUUCCAUCUCCAACCCAAGCAUCGCCGGACAAGGACAGGAAUUAGAAGAUGACUUCACACCGAGACAAUCAUAUAAUUCUACUAUCACAAGAGAGGAAUGGGAACGGGAUCUGGAUAUCAAAAUGGUGUUUCGAUAUUUGAGGAGCAGAUUUACCACUCGUGAUGAGAAUGUACAACCUCAAGUAAUGGGCCCGGGUUCAGGUUCUGUGCUAUCGAAAAAUUCGAGAGAGAAUCUUGCAGUAGAAAAUACACCGGAUUCAUUAGCGCGGGCGGCGAGAGUGAGGGCUCACCAUCCUUUGGUUAAUCUUAAAGCCAAUAAUGGGGGAGUCAAGAAGAGAGUGGGGAGGAGAGGGUCGAGUGAGAGUGGUGGGUUGGGAUUGGUGUUGGGAGGAGCAGUGGGGAAAGGGGGGAGUGGCGUUGUACCUAUUGGUGGCACACUCAAAAGUUUGAGGAUUGGUAGUGGGAGUAGUAGACAUUAUUGGGAUAUUGGGGGGAGUAUAGCGGGGAGUUCGACGAGGGGGAGUGUGGUUGUGGGGGGUGGAGGGGGGAUGGGUGGGGGGAUGGGUGCUUGGGGGGAGGUCUAG